AUGUCUAAAAUACCCUUCACUAAGCUACUUUCCCUUCUUUUCUUCCUUCUAUACCCCUCCUACGCACAAAAAGUAGGCGUCUGUAGUGACUUUGGCCUAGCUUGUUGGUCAGCUUCCUCAGCCCUCAACUUUGGAUGUCCAUCCCCAGACUCACUUCCACCAAAUUCCCAGUCUUUAUCAUCAUCUUCAUCAACAACUCUCCAAGUCGAUCCAACUUCAGCUCACAAGUGUCUCUGCCAAUCUUUACCUUUCCUACAAACUUAUGCCUACUGCAUCCGCUCCCGUAUCCAAAAUCUCUCUCAAAUUAACACAGCUUACCUCUUUCUUUACAGACAAUGCUUCUACAAUGCAGAUACCUCCUACUCCCUUGGCCAGUUUGAAGACCUCUACUACAAUGCCUCAUCAUACAUGGCUUCCCAAGAAUAUAACAAUUACCUAUCAUUCCUAACUUCCACUCAAACUCCUACAUCUACAACCUUUCUCACUCAAGCCCUAAUCAAUUCUGAAACCCUCUUGGACAUCCCGGUUUCUAUAAACAACACUGCCUUUGACAAACAGUACAAUGCUGCAGCUAUUGCCAAAACCCAGUACCGUCUGGGCUCUAUCUACGGCUCACUCUUGUUGGCCUACUGGGGGGCUAUUAUUGUCAUUGCAGCAAUCCACCGGUUUAUCCAACAAGUCUACCCAGAAAUCCUUUUUGCCAAUAACAAACAGGUCAACAUUAUUCGCAAAUACCUCAUUCUUCCAGCUACUUUUAAACGCAACCGCUCAAGACCAGUUAAGCUUCUUCUUUCCUUCUAUCUAUGUGCACCUACUCGAGGCCAAUCCCUAAUCUUGCUCGGAUACCUAGCUCUCACAGCGGUCUUUCUUACCAUCCAUUACGACAUUUACCAAGGCAACCCCAUCACCCCAGGCACAAAAUACCAGCUUCUCAAAUACCUCGGAUCCCGCUCAGGUAUCAUAGCUUUUACCCAGCUCCCACUCGUCAUUGCCUUUGCUGCACGCAACUCUCCCCUCAUCUGGCUCACUGGCUGGCCCUACGACACCUUCCAAAUCUACCACCGCUGGACAGCCCGCGUCAUGAUGAUCAACGUUCUUCUCCACUCAGCCUGUUUCAUGACCAUUGCCGUAUCUGGGUGCACAUGGGUUUAUCGCUGGGAGGAAAUUAUCAAUUGGCGGUUCGGCAACUUGGCCACUUACUCUGGGGUAAUCAUGGCACUUGUGGCCAUUAACAAAUUUCGAGAGCAUUUUUACGAAACCUUUCUGGUAAUUCACAAAAUCUUUUUUCUUGCCUUUAUGGCGGGCAUCUUCCGUCACUGCUGGGACUUUGGCUGGAUGCCCUGGGUCUACGCAGCCCUUGCAAUUUACUUUUCAGAAAGACUUGCUCGUGUCUUCAAAACAACUGUUUCUGGAGUCAUAUGCUCCGCCUACGCAGAAGUCUAUGACGACAAGGUAUUUCGUCUCACGGUCCAAUACUCGGGCCGCUGGACUGUCGAGCCCGGUCAGUAUUGUUAUAUUAGGUUUCUUAGGCCCAGUUUGUUUUGGCAGGCUCAUCCGUUGUCAGUCUAUGCAGGCCCCCACGAUGCAUCAUCAUCAUCAUCAUCACCAACCCUGCAGUUUUGCGUGCAGGCACAAAAUGGAGCCACCAAAACAAUAGCAGAGCACUUGGCCCAGCGCCCAAACAAAAAUGGACCACUACGGGUUCUAAUUCAAGGUCCAUAUGGGGUUCCACAAAAAGUCGAGAAUUAUGAUACUGUUAUUUUUGUGGCUGGUGGACUAGGUAUCACAGCGGUUUACUCAUACGCGCAGCAUUUAAAACAGCGUGGGAGUAGUAAACAUCAACGCGUGGUGGUUAUGUGGAUAGUGCGUAGUACGAGUUCUUUAGAAUGGUUUGGAGAGGAACUGGCAGAGCUUGCAACAAAUGGAAGAAACUGGUUUGACAUUCAAGUUUAUGUCACAGACUCGACUAGUCGGUCAGCCUCGCAGACCAAUUUAGCUGUAGAAGACCAACAACUUCCUAGUUUCCCGGAUUUGGAUCCCUGCGAGACGCUGACUGAGUCAAGAAUGCAGCGCGACGAUAGUCAAGCAACGCUAAGCCUGGAAGAGCUAGACGAGUUGGAAUUAGGCGGUGGAGAGUAUCAUCAACAAUAUAGACAAACAUGUAUUCACUCUAUCACAACAGAUUCCUCGACCUCAUCACUAGCAGCGGCCCUUCAUUUACAAAUCAAAAGUUCACAGCAAUGUCCAGACUCAUAUGCAGUUCCACUCACGCCAACCCUGGACAUGGGAGAAUACCAGCGUUUUAGUAUGAUGCAGUUACAAGAAGAAAAUGAAGAAAAAGAAAAAGAAAAAGAAAAAGAUUCUCAGUUUUUUUCAGUGGCUGUUCCCAAAACACCAACCACUCCAUACGCAAUGCACCGCUUUGCUCAAUCAGAUGAGUCGCUUUCCUCUGAGUUAUUUAACUUAGGGACACUACCCAAAGAGGCACAGUGCGGGUACGAGAAGUCAAGCUACAACGAGUUUACGAAUAUGAGCCGAGGUGGAGCUAACGCGGUUGGAUGGGGUGCGUAUGGUAAAACUAAUGUAAUGAUUGGGACUACUACUGUGACGCCCGGGGUCCGUGUGAUUUAUGGUAAGCCCGAUGUGAGGCGUGAGAUUGCAAGAAGUUUGAAAGAAAAUGUAGGGAGGCGUAAGUGUAGUAAAGAUGAUGGUGAUUGUUUAGAGUCGGGGGAUUUCCAUGGAUCUUUGGAUAAGAAAAGUCAAGAAUAUAAAGGCAUUGGAAACCCGCUGGCAGUAAUGUCGUGUGGACCACCUGGGCUUGUGGAUAGUAUUCGGGCCUCGAUUGUGGAACAUUUGCUAGAUUCUGAGGGUCGAGUUGAUUACUUUGAAGAGGCCUUUUCGUGGUGA